GGCGGGGCCGGAGGGGGCUCGGCCGAGGAGAGGGCCCAGCGCCGGGCAGAGCUGCGCGCCUCCCACGCCGGCAGGGCCUGCGGUUUCCCUCCUGCGCUUCCUUUCGGAGCAGGAUCUUCUGCUGUGAAGACAUUCCCCAAGUACCAGAAAUUCUGACCCACGCAGCCCAGAAAGAGACAACCAUUAGGUUGUAGAAGGGUGUAGUCCAACUCAGUUUCCCCUUGGCCCGUCCUGCAGACCCAUGACGCACCAGCUACAGAUCCGACUGCUGACGUGGGACGUGAAGGACACGCUGCUCAGGCUCCGCCGGCCCGUGGGGGAGCAAUAUGCCUCCAGCGCUCGGGCCCACGGGCUGAAGGUGGAGGCCCCAGUCCUGGAACAAGCCUUUGGGCAGGUGAUCAGGGCUCAGAACCACAGCUUCCCCAACUAUGGCUUGAGCCAGGGUCUCACCUGCCGCCAGUGGUGGCAGGAUGUGGUCCUGCAGACCUUCCACCUGGCGGGUGCUCGGGAUGCCCAGGCUGUGGCCCCCAUCGCUGACCAGCUGUACAAAGACUUCAGCAGACCCUGUACCUGGCAGGUGUUGGAGGGAGCCGAGGACACCCUGAGGGGGUGCCGAAAACGAGGUCUGAGGCUGGCAGUGGUCUCCAACUUUGACGAGCGACUAGAGGGUAUCCUGAUGGGUCUCGGUUUGCGGGAACAUUUCGACUUUGUGCUGACCUCUGGGGCUACUGGCUGGUGCAAGCCGGACCCCCGCAUUUUCCAGGAAGCCUUGCGGCUUGCUCAUGUAGAACCAGCAGUGGCGGCCCAUAUUGGGGACAGUUACCACAAUGAUUAUAAGGGGGCCCGGGCUGUAGGCAUGCACAGCUUUCUAGUAGUUGGCCCGGGGCCUUUGGACCCUGCGGUCAAAGAUUCUGUACCCCAAGAACAUAUCCUCCCCUCACUGCCCCAUCUCCUGCCUGCCCUUGACCGCCUGGAGAACUCAUCCACAGGGCUGUGAGUCUGGUGAGGGAAGCGGCUGGGCCCAACAAACAUUACAGACAGGAAGCCCUUUCCUUCCCAAGAUCUGACCUUUACCCCCUCCCUGUAGACUCCAUCAUGCAUUCUGACUAUAAAGCAGUGAGUUGUGAGGCUUUCAGCCCUGCCCCACUAACCAGC